GGGGCAGUUUGCGGGGGGGCGCGCGAGCGUUAAGGGCGAGCGGCGUGCCUGAGCCCGUCAAGGAGUUUCUUAUCAAAAGUGUGGGUUUUAGCUGGGUUGGUGCAGCUUGUGCUGCAGCACGCUAACAAAACGCAGAGCCUGCUUUCCUUAGGCAGUUCUUGUGCCCGUUUCUUUGCGUAGGUUCACAAAGAGGUGGCGAAAUCUGAGUGCUGUAGUUGGCUGUCGUCUCCAUAGGCUCUCAGUGUAGGCUGAGACUGCAAAUUAUGCCAUUAGGCACUGCUUUCCAGAACAUUCCGCUGAAUUUUUCUGCUGAUCUUUCUGUGGAUUUUUGGUGGCUUUCUUUUUUUAAUUUUUUACAUUAUUCUCAUUUUUACAGAGAGUGCCUUGGUGAUACCAUAGUGUUCCUGUGUAGUGUUUCACCAUUUCUUGGCUCACAUUUUCCAGUCUUGUGUUCCUUUUGCCAGGGAUGCUAAGGAUGUCUUUUGUCCACUGUCUUUGCAUCCCAGAAAUGUCUACUGAGGGAAAUGUCUUUUCCCUUUUACCCAGACUAACCCUGCAAGGCAAUUUACCAACAGGCUUCAGUCAUCGCACUGAUUCUGAUAGGAAAAAGCCAGAUAACGUGACUCUGUAUAUUUAUUUCUCCUUUAUCUCUUCUUUUUAUUCCUUCUGUUACUGACAGAUCGCUCAGCUGGGGACUUGUCUCCUGGCCAGUGCUUUAAAAUACAUGGCUGGAUCACAUAAAAAUACUUUUCUAAGCUUGAUAGGGUAAGAGGAGGGGAACCACGGUGCAGAAGGAGCACAUUCACUCCGACUAUGAUCAUCUUCAGCCUUUUUGAAAAAUGUUGGUUGCAUCACUUUGUAGUGGGUGCUUCCGAGACAUAAGCCUGAAGCAGAUUUUGAAUUAUGCAUGUGGAAUGCCUGCAUGAAGGCUGGUUCAGGAGGUUGGUGUUUCCAAAGCAUUGGUGAACAUAAUCAUGCUGUUACUUCAAGGGCUGCCUGAAAAGGGGUCUCCAAGGGGUCUCCUGAUUUUUGCACUGGCAGCAUAACUUUUUUUUGUUUUUUUUUUUUUUAAUUCUACUAGGCUGCUCAAAAACAUAUUAUGAGACUUUUGUUGCCUACUGUCUGUUGAUGCUUGCUAAAAUGCUUUUUACUUCCUUAGUGUGUGCUAUGUAGCUGCUGAGCAACAAAGCUCAGCAUGUGUGUUACUUGGUGGUGGGACUGGUAUGUUCACUUUGCCUUGUGUGGAAAGGAGGAUGGCUUAAUUAGAUCCAGCUGAUGUCCUUGGGCUUAAAUGGGAAAGGUUAUUUGGAAAGCUACGUGUUAUUAUGAUCCCCAUAAGUAACUGGGGAGGUGGCUCAUUUCAACACAUCUGACUGUCAGGUUGUUGGGUCACUUCAGAGCACUGAGAAGGGAUGAGCAGCUCACAUGAAUAACAAAAGAAACCAUGCUGGGGAGACAUUGUCCUAUGGAAGCUAACAACUAAGGGUUUGAUUCUGUUCCCACUGAUCUUGGAUGAAAGAUUUCUGAUGGAUUUGUUGGCUAUUGGCAAGCCUUAUGGCCUCUCAUUAUGCAGAAAUCUUGCUAAAAGCCAAUAUGGAUGAAUUUAUCAGAUGCAGUAAAUAUUUUAUAAAUGGCGUGUAUCCCCAGAGUGCAGUGGAAAGAGAUUAUGAUGUAUUUUUACUUGCAUGCUUUUUGGCAGAACAGUGUGAUCAUACAUAAAUGAUUAGCUACUGUAACUCGGAUAAGAGAAAGUGCAUCCUGCCAGAAAAGCAAACAUCAAAACUCUCCUGGGCCACGCAGAAUUAGGGUGCCUCGUGUGUAUUUUAUUUGCUGUUUCAUUCCACAGAAAAGGAGUAGCUUUGAAUAUGGAAGCUUGUGUCUGGGACUUCAGAAACUCAAAGAACUAGCUCAGUCAAUCAAAAAAAAAAAGCAUAUUCGCAUUUUUCAUAUUCACACAGUGCCUUCUGCUUGCUGGCUUCGCGCUUCAGGUAUCUUUUACAUGUUAAAAAAUGUGCUCAUUCUAUCACAGUGAGGGAACUCCUUUGUCUGUCCCACUGUGUCCAAGUGCCUUCACAGUGGCAGUUGAUGUCUUUAGAACUGUCACCAAACUGAUAGCAAAAAUUUCUUGAAAAUACCAUGCUGUAGUAUUACUAAAGCUUUGGAGCAAGGGCAUCAAGAUCUUCAUCUGAUGGUCUCUGUUCUGUCCCAUCUAUUUCCUGGGGGCAGGAAUGCCAUCAUGAAGAGAGGCUGCAGAGGAAGGAGUACUGUGAUCUCCAUCCACACAGUGCUUCCUCUCACCAUAUGCAUCCUAACCCUGACCUUAACCCAUGCGUUGUAACCUGUGGCCUUCUUUGGGCCCACAGCCCCAUAGUGACCCCACAAAAUGGCUGCUGUGCUCUGCUCCAUCACUGCACAGAGAGACCAACAGAGCAGCUCCUCUCUGGCUUUCAGAAGAGGGUAGAAGGACACACUGGGGGUAUGAGUGGUUAGUGGUGCAAUGGAAGCUGAGGGCUGUACCUGAGAGUAUAUCGGUAAUAUUACAGUACUAAACUUAUUCUGGUACCUAAUAUUAAUGAGUUGUUUGGUAGUCUAUGUGCUAUUGUGUCAAUGCUGAGCAGUAAGAAAUGGCCUUGGGCUUGAUGGCUAUGUCCUUUGUGGCACCUGUAAGGUGACUGAGCACCCACAGACAGCAAGGCAAGGAGGUGGGUCAGAUGUGCAGGCUCUGCAGUCAGAGGUCAGGGUUUGACUUCAGAGUAUAUGGCAGCAUGGCUUCCUGACCGCACAAGUCAGCCACAGUGGCAGACUGACCCCUUUCCAGGAGUUACACUAGGGAGGGACAAGCUAAGCCAUGAGCUUAGUUCUCUGAACUCAUUACACUCUUAUGGGGAGAACGUGUGUGCAGAUAGCAUCUGUAUACCAGUGUAUGCAUACAGUGCCUCUUGGCAAAUUAAUCUGGCAGUACUUCUUUCCUUACGAGCUUUCGUUACCAUACCAGUCACAUCAGGGAACCAAAUACCUGGGCAGUCUGUAUGUGUGUUUAUCCCCCAUGUGCUAGGUAGGUCUGCUGAAAUGCAAAUCACUGCCUCAUCCCAGCAGAAAGGCCUUUCCUCUGGAGAGAGACCAUGUGACUUCAGAUGUGCAGACGAUAACUUCAGCCCAUCCCUUUCUCUGCCUGAGAUACAGGAGGCACGGUGACUAGACAAAUCUCCAAUAGCAUGCAAGCAGCACAGCUGGAGGGCUGCAGCCAAGAACUUCCGCAUCAUGAUGAAUAUGGCAUUUACCCUUGACUGCUUCUGAGGAGUGAGGCUCAAGAAAUUUCCUCUCGGGAGGCUGUAUCAGUAGGUGGAGAGUAAGUGCUUUGUGAGCUCCAGAGCCCCAGGGAGGAUUGGAGUGCUGGUUCUGCAGAGCUGCACCCCUCAUUAUGCAGUUCUAGUUCCAAAAAGGGACUGCUUCUGCUUCAAAAGGAAGCUUCUAAACGUAACUCUUGUGGAAAAAAAGCAGGUCUUCAAAGUGAAUGAGAGAAGGAUCAGUGCUUUUGCCCUGAGAAAAAUCGGUGUGCUUCAAGCUGUCAAGUUUGACCUGGACUGGAUCAGUUAUCCAAACUUCUGAAUACAGUUUCACUUCAGAGGGAAAAAAAGCAUAGUCCAUCGUGAGGAAGAAAACCCCUCAAGUCCUUUACUGAAAUAAAUACUGACUUGGAUGAUGAUAGACCUAGCUCAAGUGUGGGAUACCCAUGCGUUGUGGGAUGCUGAAAAUUGGUGGUGUGAGGAGCACAGGAGCCUUCCUUGUGGCUGGAGGAAGAGCACGGCAGACGCAUAUAACGCCAACGGCUGAGAGAGACAUGCUUCCUUCCAGCAGUGAUUAAAACCAGAAAUGGAAUGCACUGUUAGCACCAUGGGGUGCAGCUCUUCUGCAGAUUACAGUAAACACAAAUAUAAUGAAACAGCCAUAAAAGCUACUGCGUUAAUCCAGAGGUGGUACCGCUGUAAAAGAGCCCAGCUAGAGAUCCGCCGCCGCUAUUCUCUCACUAUCUUUGAGUCAAUCGAAUAUGCUGAUGAGCAAGAGCAAACACAGCUGUCCAACUUUUUCACAUUCAUGCUGGAGCACUGUGUUCAUCGUGGUGAAGUUGCUCGCACUUCUACCAGCUCCCAUGUUUCUCCUGGUGCAGAUUCAUAUGUAAUUGAGUAUGAAAAGAUUGAUGUUCCAGACUCCUAUCGUGGACCACGACUCUCAUUUCCCCUUAAUAUUGCACAUGCUAAGGCUCUUCUUAAUGCUCUCAAGAAUCAACAGCUGCUUCAUCCCCGCUAUGUACUGCAGCUGUUACGUGAGACCAGGAGACUUCUCAAGGAGAAGCCAAAUAUCACCCAUGUUUCAGUUUCCUACUUCAAGGAGAUAACCAUCUGUGGAGAUUUACAUGGGAAUCUGGAUGAUCUUUUACUGGUAUUCCACAAGAAUGGUCUGCCUUCAGAAAACAACCCUUAUGUCUUUAAUGGCGAUUUUGUUGACAGAGGAAAAAAUUCUAUGGAAAUACUUAUAAUCCUAUUUGUGUUUCUUCUUAUCUACCCAAAUGAUUUUCACUUGAACAGAGGAAACCAUGAAGACUUCAUCUUAAAUAUGAAAUAUGGCUUCACUAAAGAAGUUUUGAAGAAGUAUAAGGUCCAUGGCAUGACAAUUCUGUAUCAUCUGCGAGAAAUUUUCAGCUGGCUUCCGCUUGCCACUGUAGUUAAUAACAAAGUGCUUAUUGUACAUGGAGGAAUUUCAGACACCACUGAUUUGGAUUUGCUGAAGUUACUUGAGAGAAAUAAGCUGAAAACAUUGAUGAAGCUACCGAAGUUAGAGACAGACAGAAAGAAGCAAGUGAAAAUACAAGGCAUCUCACUGGACUACGCUGAGCUUUUCCGAUGGAGUUCACAGCCAGAGCUCACUGAGGAGGAACGGAAACAAGUCCUGGACAUUCUCUGGAGUGAUCCAAAAAAACAACAUGGCUGUACUCUGAACAAACGUCGAGGAGGAGGUUGUUGCUUUGGCCCUGACACUACAGACCAGCUGCUUAAAAAGCAUAAUCUGAAGAUGCUGAUCAGGUCUCAUGAAUUUAAGCCAGACGGCUACGACCUCGCUCAUGAUGGGAAGGUUAUCACUAUAUUUUCUGCUUCUAACUAUUAUGAAGAGGGGAGCAACCGAGGAGCAUACAUCCGAAUGAAUCCUGAUCUGGUUCCUCAUUUUAUACAGUACCAAGUCUGCGUGAGCACAGACAAGCGGAAAAACUGGGAGAGGGUGAAAACAAUUGAACAGUCUGCUUUACAAACCUUACAAAAGAGGAUUUUUAUUCACAAGCAAAAACUCAUGGACACAUUUGCAAAGUAUGACUGCAACAGCGCAGGUAUCACCAUCUCUCUGUCCACUCAUCACCACAGAGAAAACAACUUUUGCACGUUCAUGAUGGCAGAAGGGUUCUGCCUGCUUUUGUGUAAGGCUGGAGGAAGGCAGAGCCUGGUCGGUCGUGUGUUCUCUCUGACCAGUGCAGAUGUUUGUUAGUGGGCACUGAGCCCUAGAGAACAACCUAGGGAGCUUUAAGUAGGAGGAACAACAGAACUGAAACAUGAGCAAAUAAAGAAACAGUGUUUGCUGCCAGGCAAAGUUUGAGCUGGCAAAUAUGGCUCCAGAAGCUCACCAGGGGCAUCUUCAGGUGUCAGCCAGGGAACUGGGGCCUCAGAGAAAACUAGUCUUCUAAGCCUGGGAGUUAUUUCAGUGAAGCUGAGCAGCUAGUCCACUAGAAGGGAAUCCUCAUCCAUCCGCUGAAGAAAGUUCAGCGAUAGAUACACGAACCUUUUAUCUAGGAAGAGGUCAUUGUUGACUUGUAACAAAAAUACAAGGUCUAGCAAAAAUACUUUUCCUCCUGACAGCUUCUCACCUGACUAGUUGGUCAUUUGUGCCCAUAGGGUGGUGGUACUGUUCCUCUGGCUGCUGAACAACUGAAGAAGAUAUUUCUGGCGUGUUGGCUUUUCAGUCAUAUAUGUCUAUCUUUAUUGCUGCAACUCAGCUCACAUCUGAAGUACUCUUCAUAGCAUAAUUCUUCUCUAAAUUAAAGCAUACUGAUAGUCAUAAUAGAAUCACAAAAUUGUUGCAGUGGGAGGGGACCUCUGGAAAUGCCUCAUCUGACCUCACUGUUUUUAUUAACUUGUUUAGGAAAAAACAUUUAUGUUUUGUGAGUGUUGUAAAACAAUGUCAGAAGGCAUGCUGGGGUUGCCGGGUCUCAUCUGAGCUGUGUCACACACUGCUUAUAACCAUGAACUGACCCCUCCCAGCAGGCAGGAUUUCUGUCAGUGACUGGGCAGCAGUGAUGGAGUCAGUUUUACAACUCAAACUGCCCUGGAGGACACUGAAGUCUCGAUUA